AUGGGUCUAACAGAGUUACUGGUGAUCGGAGUUAUUGCUGUGGGAGGAGUCUUCGGAAGGCUGAACUCGCGACAGCCCAGUGCCGAUACUCCUCAUCGUAUAGUAGGAGGUGCUGAUGUUCCACCAGGGCAACAUAUUCCCUACCAAGUUUCCCUGCAGUACAAAACCCGUGGAGGUCAGAUGCACUUCUGUGGUGGCUCCAUCAUUGCCCCCAAUCGCAUCCUAACUGCAGCCCACUGUUGUCGGGGACUAAAUGCAAGUCGUAUGUCUGUGGUGGCCGGAAUCAGAGGUCUGAACGAGAGAGGGUCUCGCUCCCAGGUGCUAUCCUAUAGUAUACAUCCCAACUACCAAGAACUGGUGACCAGCGAUCUUGCCGUACUGUCCAUUAAACCACCUCUAAAGUUGAAUAAUGCCAGCAUUAGUGCCAUUGGGUACCAAUCUCAAAAAGGAGUUCGUGGGUGGUGGGUCCCUGUGACCCUGACGGGUUGGGGCCUCCGUCUACCAGUGCCCUUUCCCUUCCUGGACAACGUCAACUAUCCCACUGUUCUCCAGCGAAUGAGUUACCACACGAUCUCGAACAAGGAUUGCCGGGAUGCGGGAAUGGAGAGCGUUACGGAUACGGAGAUAUGCGCCAGAGGACCUUUCCGGGGCGCCUGUUCGGGCGACUCUGGUGGACCUUUAGUCACGCAAACGGAUAGUGGACCUAAGCAAGUAGGCAUUGUUUCCUAUGGUCUGGUAGUUUGUGGCCUAUACAUCUCUCCGGAUGUUUACACUCGGGUCUCAACCUUUAGUGAUUGGAUAGACAAUCAGAUGGAAUCGUAA